CUCUCUCUCUCUCUCUCUCUCUAUCUCUCUCUCUCUCUCUAGAGUCUAUACUAUAUAUCCAGCGUUAAUUUCCAUGAGAGAGAGAAAGAGGGGUGGUAAACAAAAUUCAAAGUUGAAAACUUUAUCUCAAACCCAUAAAUAAUUCAAGUGUUUGACAAAUUGGGUCGGUUCAGAAAGGAUUCAAUUCAAGUCCUCGAUCUGCAUCCUUCUCUUUUCAUUCAUUUCUUGAUUUUGGGUCCAUUUUUCGAAUCAGGUUGGUUAAGUUUUCUGUUUUUCUUGAAUAAUUUGAAACAAAAAAACAUCAUUGACUUUAGUGUUGUGAAAAUGAAAAUUCUUCUUCUUUUGUUGUUACUGUUUUUUAAUCUUACUCUAUAUGCUACUGCUACUGAAGCUGAAUAUGAUCAUUGUAACUGUGAUGACGAAGAAGCUCUUUUCAGCAUCCACACCAUACUUGUUGGUCAAAAAGUCAGUGACUUUUUCAUUGCUGUUGCAUAUUUUUCCAUACCAAUUGAACUUCUUUACUUUGUUAGCCGUUCCAAUGUUCCUUUCAAAUUGCUUUUCCUUCAAUUCAUAGCCUUCAUAGUUCUAUGUGGUAUGACUCAUUUACUCAAUGCUUAUUCUUAUCAUGGUCCUCCUUCUUUUCACUUGCUUCUUUCUAUCACUGUUGCUAAAUUCCUAACUGCUCUUGUGUCAUGUGCAACUGCAUUGACACUUCCACCUUUGAUCCCCCUCCUUUUGAAAAUUAAGGUGAGGGAGCUUUUCUUGAGGCAGAAUGUGAUGGAAUUGGGCCAAGAGGUUGGGAUUAUGAAGAAACAGAAGGAAGCUAGUUGGCAUGUUAGGAUGCUCACUAGGGAGAUUAGGAAGAGUCUUGAUAAACAUACCAUUUUGUAUACUACACUUGUUGAGCUUUCUAAGGCUUUUGAUUUGCAUAAUUGUGCGGUUUGGAUGCCGAAUGAGGAUAGGCGAGAAAUGUAUUUGACUCAUGAAUUGAAAUCGGAUUCGGGGAAGAGUUUUCAUAAUUCUAUUCCUGUGAUUGACCCUGAUGUGUUGGAGAUAAGGAAAACUAAAGGGGUGAAGAUUUUGAGGCCAGAAUCUAAACUAGGAGCUGGAAGUAGUGGUGGCGGCAGUGGCAAGGAGUUGGGUGCUGUUGCAGCUAUUCGUAUGCCGAUGCUUCAUGUUUCAAAUUUCAAAGGAGGGACGCCGGAGUUGGUUGAUACGUGUUAUGCUAUACUGGUUUUGGUUCUUCCAAGUUCGAACUCUAGGGUUUGGACCAAGCAAGAGAUGGAGAUAGUUGAGGUGGUUGCUGAUCAGGUAGCUGUAGCGCUUUCUCAUGCAUCGGUUCUUGAAGAGUCUCAUUUAAUGAGACAGAAACUGGAAGAGCAGAACCGAGCGUUGCAGCAGUCUCAGAAGAACGCAAUGAUGGCCAGCCAGGCUAGGAAGUCAUUCCAGACUGUGAUGAGCCAUGGACUGAGGAGGCCUAUGCAUUCGGUUGUCGGGAUGCUUUCCUUGUUUCAAGAUGGUAUUACGAGGCCUGAACAGAAGAUUAUUGGGGACACGAUGUUGAAAGUCGGUAAUGUGCUGUCUAGUUUAGUAAACGAUGUAAUGGAUAUUUCUGAUAAUAAAAAGGGAGGCCUCCAAUUAGAGAUGAAACCUUUCCUUCUCCAUUCCAUGUUGAGGGAAGCUGCUUCCAUUGCAAAGUGCUUGUGUGUUUAUGAAGGCUUCGGUUUCGAAAUCAAUGUCCAGAAGUCUUUGCCUGAAAAAGUUUUGGGCGACGAAGCAAGGACUUUUCAAGUAAUUAUGCAUAUUAUUGGAUAUUUAUUGAACACGUGUGACCGAGGGAAACUUGCUUUCCGGGUUUUACUAGCAAGUGAUGGUGGAGAUAAGGAUGACAAAAAAUUGGGUGUAUGGAGAUCAAGCAGCCAAGUUGAGUACGUAAAUAUAAAAUUUGAUUUUCAGAUUACAGGUAGUUCUGAGUCAGAUGAAUCAAUCUCAACAAAACAACAUUCUAGUAGGAGGCUGUAUCACAAUAGUGAAUCUAAGGAGGGCCUAAGCUUCAACAUGUGCAGGAAGUUGGUACAGAUAAUGCAAGGUAAUAUAUGGAUAUCACCAAAUUCUGAUGGUUUGGUGCAAGGCAUGUCACUUCUUCUCAAGUUUCAGACAGGACCAUCACUUGAAAGAUACAUAUUUGCUCCUAAAGAUUCUUCAAACUCACAGUUUAGAGGCCUCAAGAUUUUGUUAGCAGAUGACGAUGGUUUAAACAGGAUCGUGACGAAGAAACUACUCGAGAAGCUAGGUUGUCAAGUAACAGCAGUUACGUCAGGGUUUGAGUGCCUGAGUGCUAUAAGCAGCUCCGCUAACUCAUUUAAAAUUAUCAUGUUGGAUAUUCACAUGCCUGAAAUGGAUGGUUUUGAAGUGGCAACUAGGAUCAGGAAGUUCAAUGGCCCUAACUGGCCUUUGAUCAUAGCUGUUAUAGCAAAUGCAGAAGAUCAAGUGAAGGAUAGAUGCGUGCUAGCGGGAAUGAAUGGUGUGAUUCGGAAACCGAUCCUACUUCAUCAGAUAGCAGAUGAACUUAGAACAGUCCUGCAGCGUGCGGGUGAAAAACUGUGAAUACAAUUUCUAAGUGCCUCAAAUUGGCAUAGAGAACUUGGACUUUUUAACAAUACCAAUUGUUUGAAAAUAGUCGGUUUAUUUUGUAGUCGUAGCUGCGAUUGAGUCUUUUGUCACAGCGCAUUAUGGCCUUUGGUAGUGCAGGUUUUGAACCGUGAUUGUGGUCAUGGUCAUGAUCGUGGUCGCAUUAUGGUUGUGACACUGAUACAAUUUUUUUGUUUGCUUGGUGUUUGUGGUCACAAUCAAAGGUGAUUGCAACCAUAACUAUUAAUAUUGCAAUCAAAAUGGCACUAUUGUUGUUGCUGUGAUGCGGUUCACAAUUUAGAAUUAUGAUACAAUGUGUAUUUUCUAAAAGGAAAUAAUACAGUGCUAAUGAAUCAACAAAAUUAGCAAA